AUGACAGUCACACUACCCGCCAAUGUUGAUCAACCUCAAAAUGAUACUUUCACAUCCCUUCUCUCACAACUCAGGGAUCGAUCCCUCAAGCCCUCCAAAGUACGCAGCCUAGUGCGCGACAUGACAGCAACCAUGACAAAGAGCCUGCACAUCGACGUACCCAAUGAUGAAACGAUAGCUAUCAUCGUGGUGCUACGCUCCGGUCUCGCCAUGUUCGAUGGUUUCGUGGACAACAUCCCUGAAGAUGUGUCGACAACUGUCUAUCACAUGGGUAUAUUCAGGGACCAGGCUUCAUUGCAGCCGGUUGAGUACUACAAUAAGUUACCCGUGAAGCCGGCGCACAUCAAGCAGGCUUAUAUUCUGGAUCCCUUGAUUGCCACGGGCGGUACAGCCGCUGCCGUCAUCAGUAUCUUAAAGGAUUGGGGAAUCGAGAAGGUUACAUUUCUUUCUAUGCUGUCUACUCCGGUUGGGUUGGGGCAUGCAGCUGCCGUGUGGCCCGAGAGUAGCCGAUUUGUGGUGGGUGCAGUUGAUCCUGACGUGGAUGCGAAGGGGUAUGUUCAGCCUGGAGUUGGGGAUAUUGGGGAUAGGCUCUAUGGAACAGCAUUUGAUUAA